AUGAAGCUCACUCACACUCUUUCCGUGGUCUGCUUCGCCCUGCUCGGCAUCUCUUCUGCUCAACAGACGGCAAACGAAACGGAUCCCGAGGCAACAGACGCCGCCGCAGCACUUCCCGUGCCUCGUUGCGCCCAAUUGUGCUUUGCCCAGGUCUUACCUCAGUACGAUGUGGCCCUCGACGACAUCAACGGCAUAUGUCCCAACCAGAACCUGACGACCGAUGUUUCCGCUUGCCUGUACUCCAACUGCACGAUCCCAGAUCAGCUUCUGGCCGAGCGGUUCUCAAAGGAUACAUGUGGUGCCGCCAGCCGCAUCAGAUCCCGGACUGUCAGAGUCGUCACAUGGACGUUCUUCGGUGUUGCAGUCGUUUUUGUCGCUGCACGUUUUGUCGCGAGGCCAGAGCGCUUCAAGGGGAGUGGUUAUGGCACGGAUGACUGGACGAUUCUCGCCUGUCUGGCGCUUCUGUUGCCGUUCUGCGCGAUCAUUCAGGCUAUGACGGACAAUGGCUUAGGCGCUGAUAAUUAUACACUAUCGGCGGAUGAGAUCACGACGAUGCUGAAGGAAUUCUACGUCUUCGAGAUCCUUUACACUUGCCUGGUCAUGCUGACGAAAGUGUCCAUCUUGCAGCUUUACCUCCGUAUCUGGACAGAGGAGGCGGUGUCGAGAUGGUUCCGCAGAACAUGUUGGGUCUUCAUCGUUAUCCAUCUCUUGACGCUGCUCGGUUUUGCGUUCAGCUUUGUGGCACAAUGCAGUCCAGUCAGCUACACUUGGACUCAAUGGGACGGCCUGCACGAAGGUCACUGCGUCCAACAAGCCGCCCAGAUCUACGUCCUCGGAGCCAUCAACAUCGCCUACGACGUCUUCGUCUUCGUCCUCCCCCUCCACAACUUCCUCAAACUCAACAUCUCCUGGCGCCGCAAGACCGGCGUCUGCCUCAUCUUCAUGGCCGGCCUCGUCGUCACAAUCUGCAGCAUCGUCCGCCUCCAAUACCUCGUAAAAAUCGGCCUCUCCUCAAACCCCACAUGGGAAUACUCCUGGUCCAUAAUCUGGUCCGCAAUCGAAUGCAACCUCUCCAUAGUCUGCACCUGCAUGCCCGCCAUGGCCGGCCUGCUCCAACGCCUCUACGCCUCCCUCUCGGGAAAACCCCUCUCCGCCACUUCCACCGAAUCCAAAGCCCCCACCCACCCAGCCAUCAUCGACCCGGAAAAUCCCGUCGGGGUUGAUGAAAUGCUGCGGAUGCGCCAGGCUGACGACUUCGAUGCGAAUACCGAGUGGAAUGAGAGUGAGGCGUCCGCGCCGACGGAGAAGUUGGAGAGGGGGUGCUGGAAGAAUACGAGUGAGGGCGGGAUUGAGUUGAGGCAUGAGCCGCCGAGGGCGAGGGAGGUUACGGCGACGAAGAUGAGUUAUAGGGAUGGCGAGGGGAGGUUGCAUGAGGUGAAGGUUAUUGAUAAGCCGACGGAUGAUGUGGUGGUGCCGAGGGGUGGGGGUGGGGGGAGGUUCCCCGGUGCUAGUGAGGAGCAGCAGAGUGCGUUGAGGGAGUUGAGGGAGAGUAGGGAGUUGGAGUGGAGGGUGCAGGAGAGUGAUUGGGAGAGUUCGCAGUCUUCGCCGAGUUUGCGGCGGUGA